UGUCAUGUGGUGCGCCAUAGUCUUGGUGGUAUCACCAGGUGGGCGACAGGUACAAGCACGCAACGGAAUGGGGCUACAUUCGAUGUGAGCAUUUCUAAAGCCGUUUGGACGGCAGAAUAGAAAGAAAUAUCUGUGAGUGGGUGUGUGGGUGAAUCAUCGUUGCCUACGCACCAAAAGGCUGCCCGGGGAUGUGGUGCAGCCUACUAAACCAAGAUUUGGCGAGUGCAUAAAAUAACUGCCAGAUUUUGUUUAAAGAAUGAUCUUAAGUGUUCCUGUUGGAGCAACAAUAGAAAAAUUCAACUAAACGUGUGCGUAAUAGCCUUCAAGUGAGACUUCCAGUUGUGACCUUUCGAAGCAUCCAAACUGAAACGAACGCGGAGCUGUCGCGUGGGAGGUGUUUUACAUGCGUGUCAUUCAUUUCGAACGAUUUCUUCACUUGAACAGUAGGGUUCUCUUUUCCCUAGACGGCUCAUAUGCCGUCCUUUCCCUCUUUAACUAAUGGAGUCCCUAUCAAAUCACUUCGUCAGUGAAGAAAUCAACAGCACGGUAUGGGAAGUUCCGAACAAAUACAAAUCCCUGAAGCAGAUCGGAACAGGAGCGUACGGUUCCGUCUGCUCUGUUUGUAACGAAAAGACCAAAGAGAAGGUGGCCAUCAAGAAGCUCCACCGUCCUUUCCAGUCAGAGAUAUUCGCCAAACGGGCGUACAGGGAACUGAGACUUCUAAAACACAUGAAGCAUGAGAAUGUGAUAGGACUACUGGAUGUGUUCACACCUGCCACCUGUCUGGAGGACUUUCAAGACUUCUAUCUGGUGAUGCCGUACAUGUUUACAGACCUGUCUAAAGUGCGGGGACUUCUGUCAGAGGACCGAAUCCAGUUCCUGGUGUAUCAGAUGCUCUGUGGACUUAAGUACAUUCACAGCGCAGGCAUCAUUCAUAGGGAUCUUAAGCCAGGCAAUUUGGCUGUGAAUCAAGACUGUGAACUCAAGAUACUGGAUUUCGGCUUGGCUCGCCAUGCAGAGCCGGAAAUGACGGGCUAUGUUGUGACACGCUGGUACCGCGCCCCUGAGGUCAUACUAAACUGGAUGCACUACACCCAGACAGUGGAUAUCUGGUCUGUCGGUUGCAUAAUGGGAGAGAUGAUCAACGGGAAGACGCUCUUCAAAGGAAAAGACUACAUGGAUCAGUUGACCCAGAUUAUGAAAGUGACGGGAGUACCUGGACCAGAUUUCAUUCAUAAACUGGACAGCCAGGAGGCAAAAACAUACGUGGCAUCUCUUCCCCAUUUCCCUCGGAAAGACUUCUCUGCAUUAUUUCCAAGGGCCAGUUCAAAUGCUGUUGAUCUGCUGGAAAAGAUGCUUGUGCUGGAUGCGGACGCCCGUGUCAGUGCCGAUGAGGCCCUAAAGCACCCGUAUUUCGAUGGACUGCGGGAUCCAGAGGACUGCCCUGAACCGCUGCCAUAUGAUGAUAGCCAUGACAAUGCAACACUGCCCCUAGAGGAGUGGCGACGUUUGUCUUUCAAGGAAGUGAAGAGCUUUGUGCCUUUCCCAAGAAGGGACUCCAAGAGGCGGAAUACACUGACCAUGUCAUAAUGAAUUGAGACACAUGUACACUACAUGGUAAUCUGUACAAAUGCUGUGCUUAAAUGUUUGACAGGGAGAUAAUGGGCCCAAUGACAUUCUGAGAUACAGGGUCGUCUGAGAUAGAAUAUAUCACAUGUUUUUGUUUUUAUGUCGGGAAGCAGGUUGUUUUUUGUAAUAAACAUAGUAAAUGUAUUGUAUGUCA